AUGCUUUUCGCUGAUCCAUACUCCCAGUUUAAGCAACAAUGUUAUCGGGGAACAGAUGUUAAAUUCGCAGGAAGGGAGGAAGAGACGUUUCUGCAGAAGGAAGCAUGGCAGAGACGCUCCUUCUCCGAGUACAUGUCUGCAAGGAUCGAGGGCACUGCUGUUGCCAACAUUUCAGGUACAGUGGCCUACAGUGGACCCCUGAGUCCCCGCCAAGCGGCGUCUCGGCUUGGAGGCAAGUGA